GAAGCAGGCCACCAAAUCGACUAGAACAGAGACUUUAAACCCACACCUUGGGACGCCAGAACGUCAACUUCUUAAGAGGCCUGUACUUUGUGCAGGUUUGAAGAAGUUGCCCGCCCACAGGCCUGUAUACCCGGCGCCGGGAGAUAGGGGCCAGGCCUCGCUCCCACGCGCUGAAUCAUUCAUUGCCAGGCCUUGGGCCUCGCACGCAGCUACCCACCCCCAUCAGAGGGGGUGGAAAAGCUCCAGCAGGUAAAGUAUGUCCACGGGACAACCUGAGGCGCCAUAGGACCGUUCCUGGAGCGGCGUUUCCGGACCCGGGAGAAGACAAAGGACAUUGACCCAGCCCGGUGAAAAUUUCUGGAGACCAUGGCCAAGAAAAGAAUUGCUGUGAUUGGGGCAGGUGUUAGUGGGCUCACGUGUAUCAAGUGCUGCGUGGAAGAAGGUUUGGAGCCUGUCUGCUUCGAAAGGACUCACGACAUUGGAGGGCUUUGGAGGUUCGAGGAGAGUCUGGAAGAAGGAAGGGCCAGUAUUUACAAAUCAGUGAUCAUCAAUACUUCUAAGGAGAUGAUGUGUUUCAGUGACUAUCCCAUCCCAGAUGAUUAUCCUAACUUCAUGCACAACUCCCAUGUCCUAGAGUACUUCAGGAUGUAUGCCAGAGACUUUGGCCUUCUAAAGUAUAUUCAAUUCAAGACCACUGUGUGCAGCGUGAGGAAGCGACCUGAUUUCUCUACUUCAGGCCAGUGGGAUGUGGUCACUGAGUGUGAAGGGAAAAAAGAGGAGAAUGUCUUCGAUGGGGUUAUGGUUUGCACUGGCCAUCAUACCAAUGCUCACCUACCCCUGGAAAGCUUCCCUGGAAUUGAGAAGUUCAAAGGACAAUACUUCCAUAGUCGAGACUAUAAGAACCCAGUGGAAUUCACUGGAAAGAGAGUCAUUAUAAUUGGUAUUGGGAACUCUGGAGGGGAUCUGGCAGUGGAGAUCAGCCACACAGCCAAGCAGGUUUUCCUCAGCACUAGGAGAGGAGCUUGGAUCAUGAAUCGUGUAGGCGACUAUGGAUAUCCUUUUGAUGUGUUGUUUUCUUCUCGACUUAACUAUUUUUUUUCAAAAAUGUUGGGUCCGUUACUAUCAAACAUGUAUCUAGAAAAAAAGUUGAACCAAAGAUUUGACCAUGAAAUGUUUGGCCUGAAGCCUAAACACAGAGCUCUAAGUCAACAUCCAACGGUAAAUGAUAGUCUGCCAAAUUGCAUAAUUUCUGGCUUGGUGAAGGUGAAAAGAAAUGUGAAGGAAUUCACAGAAACAGCUGCCAUAUUUGAAGAUGGCUCCAGGGAGAAUAACAUUGAUGCUGUUGUCUUUGCCACAGGCUAUAGCUUUGCCUUUCCUUUUCUUGAUGACUCUAUCAAAGUGGUCAAAAACAAGAUAUCUCUAUAUAAAAAUAUCUUCCCUCCUAACUUGGAAAAGCCAACUCUUGCAAUCAUAGGCUUAGUCCAGCCCUUGGGAGCCAUUAUGCCCAUUUCGGAGCUCCAGGGACGCUGGGCCACUCAAGUAUUUAAAGGGCUAAAGACAUUACCCUCACAAAGUGAAAUGAUGGCAGAUAUAUAUAAGGCUAAAGACAAAAUGGCAAAAAGGUAUGUGGAGAGCCAACGCCAUACCAUUCAGGUAGACUACAUAGAAGUAAUGGAUGAGCUUGCUAAUCUUUUGGGGGUCAAGCCCAACGUGCUGUCCCUGGCCUUCACUGACCCCAAGUUGGCAUUACAGUUAUUCUGGGGACCUUGUACUCCAAUCCAAUAUCGUCUACAGGGUCCUGGAAAGUGGGCUGGAGCUCGAAAAGCUCUCCUCACCACAGACCACCGUAUCAAGAAGCCUAUGAUGACAAGAGUAGUUGAAAAGAGUGACUCCAUGAUCUCAACAAUGACAAUAGUCAGGGUUAUGCUUGUUGUUGCUUUCUUUGCUAUAAUUGUGGCCUAUUUCUAGCUACUCCAUUGUCAUUGCCCCAGCUUUCAUUGGGAAGCUGGAUCUAGAGAUGCCUUAAGAAAUUGAAGAGAUUGAAAAACUCGCAGCUUCACAUUGCCCAGAAAUCUACUUAAAUUUCUUUCCAUAGCAUUAAUUCUCUUUCCUCUUUUCUCCACAGUGAAAUUCCAGUUUUUCAUUCAUAUUGAUUCUCAUUCCUUCCUCUCAUGACCCAUCACUUUUCCUUCCAAUAAUCUCUAGACUGUGAACUCAGUCAUCCUUGAAUGUCCUUAGCAAAAUUCUUGACAUGUUGUAGGUGCUUAAUAAAUACUUGUUGUUAACCAACAA